AUGGCAACUGUGGUAUUUGUUGACCAAGAAAAUGGAGACUUUCCUUCUACCACCCUGUUCAAGGGUCAACUUAAACAAGCUAACUCUGCAGAUCACCUUUUCAAAAGUCGUCCAGGAAAAGUGUUUGGCAGCUCUGGAACUGUGGUGAAGCCAAGAAAAGCUCUGGGAAAUGUCAACAAGCAAGUUGUCCAAACAGCUGCUCCAUUCCAGAAAAGUGCCCUUAAAGUGAACAAAUCUGCACCAGUUACCAAGCAGAUUACUAAGGUCUGCAUUAAGAAUAGCAAACAGAGCUAUCCUGAGAUUGAGAAGUGUCUCCCUUACAAUCCUGCAGAUUUUGAAGUCUUUGAAGUCCCAGAAGAGCACAAGCUGAGCCACCUUAACUUUUCUGGAAUCCCCCUUAUUGUGCAUGGACAUGAAGCUUCAACGUUUAAUGCUUUGUUGGCCCUUGAGCCAGCUCCAAUGGAUAUUCCAGUCUUUAGCUGGGAGUCAGACUUUUCAAGCGCACUUCCAUCUUUCCUGGCAACCCUCAAUGAUUUCACACUUGACCUGCCCCUGAUGAUUUCUGAAGUCUGCAUCAAGCCUAGCAAGCAAAUCUACCCUGAGAUUGAGAAGUGCCUUCCUUAUGAUCCAGCAGAUUUUGAAACUUUUGAUGUUCCAGAAGAGCACAAACUAAGUCAUCUCUACCUUGCUGGAGUUCAACUUAUAGUUCAUGAGAAGGAAGCUGCAAAGUUUGAUGCAUUGUUGACCCGGGAGCUAGCUCCAAUGAAUAUUCCAGUGUUUAGCUGGGGAUCAGAUCUGUCAAGUUCACUUCCAUCUUUUCUGACAACCUUUGAUGACAUCACACUUGACUUGCCCCAGAUGGGUGAACUGUUAGCAUAA